CUUCCCCUUUACGCUUCGUCCUCUCUCACUCUCUUCUUCCUGUUGCCUUCUACGUUUUUUUUGCGUUUUUAGAACCUAUUCUCUUUUCUCUUUCCCGUCUAUUGCACAAUUCCUUGCCCCUCCUCUGGCUUUUAUACUAUUUCGCGGGAAUCUCUUUAAAUUCCGUAUCCCACCUCUAAAAAAAAUACGCUGUCUUAACUUUUGAUUUCUUUGGCUUAUCGGAAAUGAUGAUGUCAAGGCAAUACCCUAUCUGAAAUGCCACCCAGUGCGUCUCUGGACGCCUGAAGCAGCACAUAGAUUUGGUAAAGGAAAUUUUCUGUUAUUUUCUCUACUAUUGAAAGAGGUCCCCGCUGUGAUAUACGCCAAUACAGUCCUGCCGUCACUGGUCUUAACCAAUGAUUGAAUGGUUUUAACCUGAGAAUCAAUAGUUGAUCUACAGUCUGUUUUCAACGUCCAGCUCCACCGGGAACUGUCACAGGAUGUGGCAAGAGGGACUCUCCCAUUGAAUUCACUCCUGGAGAAUAGUCAUGAUGGUUUCAGGGACGAGGUGGAUUCUCUUCUGCCUCUUUCUACUGGGGGAGAGAACAGGACUUAACUGUGGGGAACUGCAGUGCUCUCUGUCUCCAGCGGGGGAGCUUCACCCUGUGCAGGGGCUGUUGGAGCGCUUUGAGGCCGGCCCGGGCUGUGCAGCCAGAGAGAGUGGAGAGAAAGAGACCCAUGUGAUCGCUGUGGGGAGAGGGACACGCAGCCCUGACAAACAGGUGACUGUGCUCCUGAGACCCCUGUCUCUGUCUCAUCCUCCCCGUCAAACCCUCAUCCUGGUACUGAGCUCCAAGCAACCAGUGCGCUGGUGGCUGGAGGCUGAGAGACUACCCCCGGAUCUGCCUGUAUUGGUGCAGGUCUCUCCUAACUCUACAGUGCAGCCCUCCAGUCUGGCAGUGCAGGUGCAGCCUGUGCCCUCUCUGCCUUUCCGUCCGCGGGCUUUGCUACGCUGGGCAAUGCAUCGGCAUGGCUCCUUGUCCUCCCUCACACACACAGCCAGUGCCAACCGCGUCUACGUCCGUGUGGGCGAGGAUACCACCAUGCCCAGUGUGUGCCAGCUGCAGUCUCUGUUCCUGUCACACAACUACCUGACCUCUGACCUGCAGCCACAGGAAGUACAGGGCUGUUCUCCAGUUGGCGGAGGCAACCCAGAAGUGCAUGUCAUCAAGCUCCAUUCAGCAGGGUCAGGGCUUUGUGGCUCUCUGCAGGUGGAGGUGACUAUUUCUCUGGUGCCCCCAGUGGCCAAUGCUGGGUGGCACAAGUUGGUGUUGAUCCUCAGUAGUGCCGUUCCAGUCAACUGGGCUCUCACAGUGCCAGGGCUCCGGGGACACAUCUCUGUCUAUUCCUCGAACAGCGUGUCCCCACUCUACCCUCCAGAGCCUGACCUGACACUGACUAGCACGCUCACCUCUGACCUCUCUACCACCCAUGACCUUUUGAGCUGGGCCAAUCAGAGUGGCUUUCCCAAAGUGGCCUCAUACACAGAGGCUGACCUGGUCAAUCACUUUGUGAUCAGACUGGCUGGGGGAGGGACAGAAGGUGGCCCCCCUGUGCGUAUGCUGGAUGGCAGGCCCCAUUGGGUCCAGGAGCACAGGCUGAGGCAGUGGCUGAGUGAGGGAGGUGGAAGUACCAGUGGGGGCUGGGAGGCCGUCAGUGUGCAGUGUCAGGACGGACGACUCAACGUGGCCGUGGACAGACACAUUCUGCAGACCCUGUCUCUCCCGGUGUCGGAGGUGACACUGCGGGAUCCUCAGUGCCUGGCCCAGUCUAACAGCAGCCAUUUCUUGUUGGCAUUCCCGGUCAUUUCCUGUGGGACUGAAGGGGUGCUGCAGGGAGAGCCCAGAGGGGUGCAGUACAAAAAUGCGGUGUUGCUAUGGAGAAACAAGCCUCUGGUUGCCGUGGGCAAUGAGACAGACGAGGAGCCCACAGAGUGGACUCCACUGGUCAUACAUUUCAGCUGUUUGGCUGCAGUCCCCAGUGUCCCAAGCCUUCCUGUGGAGCAGCCCACUCUGCAGGGGCCGGGGCCUCUCCCAAGGGCCAGGGCCGGCCCACUGGUCUCACUACAGCUGUUUGUUACAGAGGGCUAUGAGCAGAGGCAGACCGGUCCUUGUGCCAUCACUGCUGACAACCGUGUCUAUGUGGAGCUUUCCGCCAACGGAGCCCUCGGUGGGGGUGUGGAGGUGCGGUCCUGCAUGGUGUCUCCCCUAUCAGACCCCCGUGUGUCCCCUGGCUGGUCAGUCAUUAGAGACGGCUGCUCCGCUGACUCCUCACUGACACUCAGCAACAUGACACAUGGCCAAGAGGACGAGGAGGAAGAGGAUGAGGAAUAUUAUGAAGAGAAAGAGGAGGUACCUAGUGUCCUGUCAUUCAGGCAUCCAGGAAGGGCUUGGAGGAACAAAGCAGGAUUGAGAAAAAGAGAACAUGUUGGGAAGAGGGGACGAGGAGGACGAGCCAAAAGGAAGGAGAGCGAUGGAGGAAUGGGAGGAGAGGAGGACCAGAUACACAGACUGAGGUUCAGUUUUGUCCUUCGGCCCAUCUACAACAACUCUGUCCAGUUCCUGCACUGUUGCAUCCGUCUCUGUGGCCCUGAGUCAGUGACCCAGGGGCCUCCAACGGCCAUAAUACAGAGUGGCUGUCCAAAUCCCUGGGGCCUCCGUAUCCCUGCCCUCGUAUCCAAACUACCCAGCCAACAGUGUGAGUACAGAAACUUCUCCAGACCCAUGCUGGUCUAUCAGCCUGUUGGUGUGGCCAGACAGCAGGCGCCACCUGCUGGUCAGAGAGGUCAAAUGCCCAGUGUGUCUCAGCUGCCCAAGCCUAUCCCAGCCCACAGCAGCUCUGGGGUAGACACAGGCUCAGUGUUGGGGAUUGUGUUUGUUGCUUUCCUUCUGGGCAUCAGCCUGAUGGGGGCGCUAUGGUGCAUCUACUCUCACACAGGGGCUCCUCCACCAACCAGAAGAGGGGGCCUGAUCGAGAAUACUAACCCUGCCUUAUUAGACUCUUCCAACAGCUCUGUGUAGAGUUGAGAUGGAACGUGAGCAACACACACAGCAGCUGGGGGACCACAAAGUAAAGAGAAUGUCAAAUUUAGACUAGUAUUCUAUAGACUUAUCUUGUCACUAGUGCCCUUUGUGAAUUAGUCAAGCACCUGCAGAUUGCAAUAGUGAUAUCUCAUAUCAUGUGUAAGAAAUACAAUAUUAUCAUUCUCUAUCUCAUUUUCAGUGUUUCCUCUGGUAAAUCUGAGACCGAGGGUAAAGUGGGGCAGAAGAUGAAACACCUGGUGUGUGUCUGUGAGUGUGUCAGACCUGGGUUCAAAUACAUGCAUAUUCAAGUAUUUGUUAUUUAAAUGCUUAUUUUCUGUGUAUUUUUGUAUUUUCAAAUAAUGCAGUAUUUUAAUAUUUGUAUUUGAAAAUACACUUGUCUCUGUAGUUGAGAAUUUCCAAAUUCAUUCCAAUAUUUAAGUACUGAAAAUAUCCAGAUACUUACUUUCAAUUACUUUCAAAGACAUUUCAAAUACCCUAAAUAGUUUUUGAACCCAGGUCUUGUGUGUGUGUGUGUGUGUGUGUGUGUAACCACAUAUACACUUUUGUGUGUGUGUAACCACAUAUACACUGAGUAUACAAAACAUUGAGAACACCUGCUCUCUGCAUGACAUAGACUAACCAGGUGAAUCCAGGUGAAAGAUAUGAUCCCUUAUUGAUGUCACUUGUUAAAUCCACUUCAAUCAGUGAAGAUGAAGGGGAGGAGACAGGUUAAAUAAUACUUUUUUUCCCCCCUUGAGACAAUUGAGACAUGGAUUGUGUCUGUUUGCCAUUCAGAGGGUGAAUGGGCAAAACUAAAGAUUU